CCAAUAAUCAUCAUCAUGGACUCGACUCCUUCAACUGUUCCCAGAUUCUUUGAAGCAAUCAACAUGGCCGAGUUGAAACUCAGAAUCGCCAUUGUCGAGAAAAAUGAGCGUGGGCAAGAGGUGGAACUGGUCCGGAAAACCAUCCCCUUUCACCCUCAGGCCCUUGUUUUGGACGCAUGCGCUCAGAUUCGUGAAAGAGUGGCGGAAAUCAAGAACCUUGGUAAUCCCAAUCAGUAUGGAUUAUUUCUUCAAGAUGAGGACCCAAAGAAAGGAGUCUGGUUGGAGCCCGAGAAAGCCCUAGAACAUUAUCUUCUUCGCGACAAUGACCACUUGGAAUAUCGCCGCAAAAUGCGGCUCCUCAAAGUCCGCAUGCUGGACGGUACGGUGAAAUCUGUAAUGGUGGACGAUUCCCAAAAUGUGGGUAACCUCAUGGUUCUUAUUUGCACCAAAAUUGGGAUCACCAACCAUGACGAAUACUCCUUGGUUUGGGAUAAGCCUGAUGAGAAUCAAGAAGCUAUUCCCACCAAUAAAUUUGGAACCUUGGGCGGAACCAUGACUCUUCGAAAGAAAUACAAAGAGGGCGAAAAAGAAAUCGACCCUAAAAUGGAAGAGUUGAAGCGUCAACUGAACACCGAGGAUGGAGUUAACUGGGUGUCUCAUGGAAGCACACUGAGGGAACAAGGUAUUGGCGAAGCUGAAGUUCUCCUCCUGAAGAGGAAGUACUUCUACUCGGACGCUAACAUCGACUCUCGAGAUCCCGUCCAACUCAAUCUACUCUACCAACAAGCCAAAGAAGCUAUCUUAGAUGGAACCCAUCCCGUUCGCAUGGACGACGCGGUCCAAUUUGCCGCUCUUCAGGCUCAGAUCCAAUACGGAGAUCACAAGGAACAAAGUCACAAGCCUGGCUUAUUCGAUUUGAGAGAGUUCCUGCCUCAAUCGUACAUGAAGGCCAACAAGAUCGAGAAGAAGAUCUUCCAAGAGCACAAGAAGCUCUUUGGUGUCUCCGAUAUCGACGCCAAAGUCAAGUACGUCAAGUUGGCCCGUGGACUCCCAACAUUCGGCGUUCACUUCUUCCUGGUUAAGGAAAAAAUGAGAGGCCGCAAUCGCUUGGUUCCUCGUCUCUUGGGAGUGACCAAGGAUUCGGUGCUCCGUUUGGAUGAAAAGACCAAGGAAAUAUUAAAGACCUGGCCUUUGACAACCGUUCGUCGUUGGGCAGCCUCUCCCAAUGUGUUCACGCUAGAUUUUGGCGACUACCAAGACCAAUACUACUCCGUCCAAACCAGUGAAGGCGAGCAAAUCUCUCAACUGAUCGCUGGAUAUAUCGACAUCAUCCUGAAGCGCCGUCAGCGUCGCGAGCAUAUUGGCGACGACGGCAAUGAAGAAGAGGCCAUGGAGGAGGAGCUGGUCACUCCAGGGAGAGCCAUUACGAUGGUUGGUUUGCCAGGAACCAAUUACAAAAAGGCCGAGCAAAGUAAUUUGGCCCAGCCCGGCGUUCUGCGAAAUUCAGGAGCGGCAAGACAUCCUUUUAGGACUGGCCAAGGCCGUUGCCAUGAAAUCCAGUUGUCUGGGCCACAACGUGCCUUGGUUUCUACAAUCAGUCAUGGACAAGAAUCCAUCAAUAGGGCAGAAGGCUUCUUGAACCAGAAGGCCACUCUGCCUUCCUUGGGCAAUGAUCCAGCCUCGUACCGAUGGAAAGAGACCCAAAAGACCACUAAUAAGCAGACCAUUCACUCCCAAGUCUCGGCUAUGAACGCUGCUACCGCCCAAAUGGUCACUUUGACCGGCCAAGGCGACGAGACCGAUCAUAAUGCGGUGGGAGCGGCUGUUAACAUGAUUUCCAAUAACCUCCCGGAAAUGGCCAAGGGCGUCCAAAUGUUGGCUGCUCUCAUGGAUGAUGAAGGUGCCAACGGAGACGAUCUAAUGGGUGCCGCUCGCAACUUGUGUACAGCCUUCACUGACCUUUUGGCUGCCACCGAGCCCCAAUCCCGAGAGCCAAGACAACAUAUGCUGACCGCAGCCAGUCAAGUGGGAUCCGCCUCCCAUCGCGUGCUAUACACUAUUGGCGAAGAGGAAGUGGCGGACAAGGAGCGGCAAGACAUCCUUUUAGGACUGGCCAAGGCCGUUGCCAAUACAACUGCGGCUUUGGUCCUCAAAGCCAAAAAUGUGGCCUCAAAAUGCCCCAAUCAGACCACUCAAAACAGAGUGAUUGGCGCCGCUACGCAAUGCGCACUUGGAACAAGUCAACUUGUGGCUUGCGCCAAAGUUGUGGCCCCUACCAUAUCUGAUCCCAUGUGCCAAGAACAACUGGUCGAGGCUGCCAAAGAAGUGGCCAAGUCCGUGCAAGGUUGUGUGAGCACCUGCAAUGAUGUCAGUCACGACAACCAGUCUUUGAGGGAAUUGGGCAAGUCUGCCGAAGACGUCACGAGAGCCCUGAACGAGCUCUUGAACCAUGUGAAGGACGGCCACUCCGACAAGAUUCCAGACAUCAUGGAACAAAUCAUGUGCGCGUCAGGCGAGUUGAUUGCCAGUUAUGACUCGAGUGAAAUGGUUCGUCAGGCCAGGAUCUUGGCUCAAUCCACAGCUGAGCUCAUUCAAGCCAUUAGAGGCGAAGCAGAAGCCCAAUCGGACUCCGAUUUACAGAAACGACUUUUGUCUGCGGCUAAGGACCUUGCGGACGCCACUUCGCAGAUGGUGGAAGCGGCAAAGUUGUGUGCCUCCCGACCCAAUGACAGGGAAAGCCAAGAGGCCUUGAAACGAGCUGCCGAGCAUCUCCGCACCACAACCCAGAAUGCUGUAGGUACCACCAUCAAGCGAAAGAUGAUCAAGCGCCUGGAGAAUGCGGCCAAACAUUCUGCAGCCACUGCUACCCAAUGCAUCGCUGCCAGUCAAGGGGUUGGUGCCCAUAACACGAACUCCAUCUCCCAAGAAGAACUUAUGGAGAGUUGCAAGGGUGUGGCUGAUGUCAUUCCCCGACUGGUGGAAGGCGUCAAGAUGUCCAUGCAGAACCCAGAUAGCGCCAUGGCCCAAUUAAACUUGAUAAACAAUGCGGAGCAAUUCAUGAUGCCAUCGUCAAGAUUACUCAUGUCCACAAGAUCGACUCUGCCCACUGUGUCCAAUCAAGCGGCACAAUUGCAAUUGUCCAAUUCAUCUAAGCAAAUGGAUAACGCCUUGCGAGAAUUGAGAUCGUGCAUUGGCAAGGCUCACCAAGUGUGUGCUGCUUUAGAGAUUGAAGCCUCGGCGGAUCUGAUUGAUUCUCUUCAGCAAGAAAUUGAGGAGUUCAGAAGCUCUGCCGCCACUUUUAACUUGAAACCAAUGCCAGGCGAGACUUUGGAAAGCGCUACUUUACUUCUUAACACAACGAGCAAAUCUGUGAGCUCAACCGUGGCUCAAUUGAUAACUGCAGCCUCCGAAGGCAAUGAGGAUAUCACUAACCGAGCUGCCAGAGAUACGGCAAAUGCCCUUAGGGAUUACACAGCGGCAAUCCGGGGGGUGGCUGCCAAUAGCAAAGAUCGUAGCUAUCAAACGAGGAUCUUGGACCAAGCUCAAUUGGUCAUGUCCAAGUCGGCUAGAUUAGUCUUGGAGGCACAACGAUCCAUGCAGAAUCCUGCUGAUCCUCAUUGUGAACGCAAGUUGUCGGAUGCCGGACAAGAAGUUAACAUAGCAUUAAGCGGAACUAUGAGUUGCUUGCCUGGCCAACAAGAGGUGGAACAAACGAUGUCAGAGAUCAGUUCUUGGAGCCAACAAUUGGAGGGCGAGUCUUUCCGAUCCAGCGGACGACCAUAUGGAGAGCUACAAAAUCAAUUGACUUUUGCUGCUGACAAACUUAGCGAUGCCACAUCUGAUGUUGUUCAUUCUGCUCCAAGGCCAGAUGAGUUGGCACACACAUCAAGACAUUUUGGCGAGGUACUUGGAGAAAUGAUGGAGUACUCCAUGGACAUGGCUGGACAGACCAAGGUGUCCGAGCAUCGAUCCAACAUGGUUACUACCAUGAAGAGUGUGACAUCGUCUUCCUCGACAUUACUCUCUUCUGCCAAGACAGUGGCGGCUGACCCCUCUGCUCCAAGUGCCAAGGGCAACUUGGCUAAUGCCGCCAUAUCGGUCACAGAGAGCAUCAAUAACUUGAUCAAUGUUUACACAUCAGCCGCUCCUGGUCAGAAGGAAUGUGACAAUGCUAUAAGAGCAAUUCAGUCGUCUAGACACAUUCUUGAGAAUGCCAACCAACCCAUUUCUGAUGCCUCUUACUAUGAAUGUUUGGAUGUUGUCAUGGAGAAAUCCAAGGCUUUAGGGGAUUGCAUGACUGGUAUUGCGAAUCAUGCCAAAAAGUCAGAGCAUGAGGAGUUUGGCGAGGCGGUUCAUGGUGUAUCUGAUGCUAUUUGUGGCUUGGUUGAAGCUGCCUCGCAAUCUGCUUACCUUGUGGGAGUGUCUGAUCCAAGUAGCGUGGGUGGAAGGCAUGGUAUUGUAGAUCAGAACCAAUUUAUGCGGGCCUAUCAAGCAAUCAAGAUUGCUUGUCAAAAUUUGGUUAACCCCUCCAGUGGGCAACACCAAAUCUUAUCCUCUGCAACAGUAAUUGCCAAGCAUACCAGCGCAUUGUGCAAUUCGUGCAGAAUUGCUUCAUCCAAAACGGACAAUCCAGUGGCCAAACGACAAUUCGUCCAAUCGGCAAAGGAUGUGGCUAAUGCAACCGCAUCCCUGGUGAAAGAAAUCAAGAAAUUGGACUCGAAUUACAAUGACUCCAACCGACAAUCUUGCUCUGCUGCCACAAGACCAUUGCUGGAUGCCGUGGAAAAGUUGUGCCAAUUUGCUAACUCCCCUGAUUAUGCCUCUGUUCCUGCACGGAUCUCUCGAGAAGGACAAAUGGCGCAAGAACCCAUUUUAAACUCUGGAUCUUUCAUCAUUGAGGGCUCAUGUGCUAUGAUCCAGUCAGCUAAGUCCUUGGCAGUAAAUCCACGAGACCCUCCCACCUGGCAAUCAUUGGCUAACAGUAGUAAGUCUGUAUCUGAUUCGAUCAAGAAUCUUGUGGCUUCAAUUAGGGAUAAAGCUCCUGGCCAACGGGAGUGUGAUGAGGCCAUUGAGAAACUGACUAUCAAUAUCCGAGAAUUAGACCAAGCUUCGUUGGCUGCCAUCAAUCAAAACCUAGCCCCCAAAACGGAUAAGGACAUCAAACAAUUCACAGAACAAAUGGAGAAUGCUGCCACCCAAAUUUCACAAAAACUUCCAGACGUUCAAAUGUCGGCUAAAAGUGAAGCUGAGCGCCUGGGACAUAUGGUCACUGCCAUGGUCAGUUACUUUGAUCCUUUAGUCGCUAAUGCAAUUGGGUCAGCUUCAAACAUGGUUAGCUCAAAGCAACAAGUCCUGGUUUUGGAUCAGACUAAAACCGUCGCCGAGUGUGCCCAACAAUUGCUGUACGCUGCCAAAGAGAGUGGAGGCAAUCCAAAGGCUACCCAUGUCCAUGGCGACAUUGAUGAAUCCGCUGAUGCCAUGAGCACCUCUAUACAAGAGCUUAUCGGAUCUAUUGAGAAACUGGCACCGAACCUUGGAGUCGUCAGUAAGCUUGUGAGUUGCAUUACUGAAGCCAUUUUCACAGUGGACGACUAUCGAAAUGUGGAUGUCUCCGUCUCUGGACCGGGGCGGGGUCGUGGGGAGCAGAGCUUCGUAAGCCUUCAAAGCACCAUGAUGUCCUCGACAAAAGAGAUUGCUCGCACUGCCCAAGAAAUCGUAAUGAAAUCAUCAAGCGAUCCAGGUCAAUUGGGCAAUCUGGCCUCGCACAUAUCCGUCUGUUACCAGGAAUUGGCCAGAGACACCAAAGGAACCUGUUCUGGAGCCUCGAACAUGGAGGUUGGCCAACGUAUUCGAUCUGCUGUGCAAGAAUUGGGUCAAUCGACCAUAGAUUUGGUGAAAGCUACAGGCAAUUGUCAAUUAACGCCUAACGAUAGCUUCGCUUUGUGAGACAUUUCGGAAAAUGCCCGUUCAGUGGGCGAGAAGUGUUCUAAUGUUUUGGCCGCUUUAAACGCUGCCAACACUGGCACUCAUGCUUUGGAAAAUGCUGCCAAUACAGUAUCCGGCAUCAUCGGGGACUUGGAGACCACCAUUAUGUUUGCCACCGCCGGCACUUUGAAUGCCGAUGACGGAGAUGACGCUUUUGCUGACCAUCGGGAAAAUAUUCUGAAGACCGCCAAGGCGCUAGUGGAGGAUACCAAAACCUUGGUUGCCGGCGCCGCUUCUUCUCAGGAGCAGUUGGCCGUAGCAGCUCAAAAUGCCGUGACAACCAUUGUUCAACUGAGUGAAGUGGUCAAAGCUGGAGCCGCUAGUUUGGGAUCCCCUAACCGCGAGGCUCAGGUCAUGCUGAUCAACGCUGUGAAAGAUGUGGCUUCGGCCUUGGGCGAUCUUAUGCAGUCCACUAAGGCUGCCUCCGGAAAGAGCAUCCAAGACCCAGCCAUGCACCAGCUUAAGGAUUCGGCUAAGAUUAUGGUCACCAACGUGACUUCACUUUUGAAGACCGUGAAGGCUGUGGAAGACGAACAUAGCCGGGGCACUCGCGCCUUGGAGUCUAGCAUUGAGGCCAUUGCCCAAGAGAUCCGAGCAUUCGACUUACCUGAGCCUCCCAAAUCCAGAGCCGAACCUGAGGAUCUCAUCCGAGCCACACGACCGAUCACCUUGGCCACCGGGAAGGCUGUUUCCGCUGGAAAGAGCUGUAAACAAGAGGACAUCAUUGUUGCCGCCAACAUGGGUCGCAAGGCUGUCUCAGACAUGCUCACCACGUGCAAGGCUGCCGCUUUCCAUUCCCAAAAAAGCCAAGCACGCUCUCAAGCACUCCAUUCGGGCCAUGAUGUGGCUGUUCAAUACCGGGAGCUCCUCCAAAUGGUGAUGCACAAUGUGAACAAACCAGGAUCGUCGGAGUCGCGAACAAAUUUGGGCAACAUCUCCCGAAAGAUUGCCCAAUGCGUUACCGAAUUAGCGGCUGCCGCCGAGAUGCUCAAGGACGACGAUUGGGUCGAUCCAUCGGAUCCUACUUUCAUUGCCGAGAACGAAUUGUUGGGCGCAGCCAAGUCCAUCGAAAAUGCGGCCAAGAAAUUGGCAAGCUUGAAACCUCGCCGCGAGAUCAAGGGCAAGGAGGUGGAUGCCAACAUGAACUUUGACGAGCUCAUCUUGGAUGCUGCCAAAUCAAUCGCCUCGGCUACCGCAGCUCUGAUCAAGGCCGCAUCCGAAGCCCAAAGAGAAUUGGUUCGACAAGGCAAGGUUCAAAAGACUUCCCAUUUGAACUCUGAGGAUGGUCAGUGGUCGGAGGGUCUCGUAUCGGCUGCAAGAUUGGUGGCCGCAGCCACUCACAAUUUGUGUGAAGCUGCCAAUGCUUUGGUCAAGGGUCACUCGUCGGAAGAAAAGCUGAUUGGUGCCGCUAAGCAAGUUGCGGGAUCCACCGCUCAAUUGCUCUUGGCUUGCAAAGUCAAGGCUGAUCCCGAAUCGGCCAGCAUGAGGAGACUCGAGGCUGCCUCCAAUGCGGUCCGAAAGGCCACUGACAACCUUGUGAAGGCUGCUCAACAAGCCUUGGAACAAGAGGAAGAGAAUGCCGAUGUCGACCUGAAUAAGAGCGCCGUGAAUACCGUCGUAGAGGAGAUCAAUGCUCGCAGUGAAGUUCUUAGAAUGGAACGAGAAUUAGAACAAGCCAGAGGUCGCUUGGAAAAGCUCCAUCAAAGGCGAUAUCAGACCGAUUCCGAGACGGAGCACUCAGGAUAUGAGUCCUCAAGCUACGACUUAACCCCUUCCCAAGGUCGAAAAUUGUUCACCACUCCUCAUGACAAAAGCCAGUAUCAUCAAAAGACCUUGUUUGCAUACUCGGAUCGAUCCGGAGACGAGAGUGCUUUCGAUUCGGGCCCCAGCUUCAAUGAAUCCCUCCAACGGUUCCGCACGGGUGCGACAGCCACUGCCGAUGGAUCUGGCUCCAAUUCCUCCACCUAUAAAUACAGCUCCUCUAGUCGGCAAACUUCCAAAAGUUCGAAUGUGACUCGCUCGGUGGAGGAGCAGCAGACUGUCAUCACCCGGAAUUCGCAAAAGUCCUAUCAUAUUGAAUGAGCGCGCUGCGGGAGCCUCCUGGCCAUGAAUUGAUUAAUCAAUUACGUUUGCUUGCUAAUAUCAUCAUCAUUAUUAUUACGAUUAUAUUUUCUAUGCAUGUUGACCUUUCUAACCCAUGUGUUCUGCCGCCAUUCCUCUCCGUACCUUCCUUCUUUCUUGGGAUGAGAAGACAACAAAGUUUGAUAUCUGACAACCCCGCGUCUUGUGUUCAAUUAAUCCUUGGUUUGUCCUCCCGGCUUUCAACAUGCAUCCAUCCCCGCCCAAACACUCCUCCUCAUGUUGCUUCUGGAUGAAAAUGACACGACCCACACGCGACCGGAUUUCAUAUCAUUAACCUGUUAGUUCGACGAUACUAUCAACUCUAUUCUACACCCAUCACAUCACUACCAAUCGACCUUUGAUAUCAUUACUAUCUUGGAAUUGUUGUCCUGUUAUGAUCCAUACACCCGUCAUUGUCUCCGGUCACGCCCCACCUAGAUACCAACCCCGACCGGAGCAACUGUUGAAAUUGGUAUUUAAUUGUUGCCUCUUGAAGAACGAUUUAAAUUCAAAUCUAAAUCUCACAAAAACCAGAAGGCAUUCAUAUCAAAUUUCAAUCUAGUUCGAGCUCUCUCUAUAAGCAAUGAGGUGGAACGUGGUGACCUCGCCACGCCUACAUUUGCUUACCACUUUUUUCUUCUUCAGUAUUGAUUUGCGGUAAAAUCAUUAUUGUACACUGCUGUUUUUUCUCAUUUCCUUAAUUUCCCUGGUCAUUCUGACUUUUCCUCUCCCUCUCUUUUCUCUGUCUCUAUGAACACAGUAAUCCUUUUGCGAAAAAAGAAAUCGAGAAUCGUAUCAUUUCAAUAGGACCCCAAACAUAUCUUGAGACCCUUUGUUAGCCCCCUCACAAGCAAUGAAAAUCUAAAACCCUUUCAUCAAAAUAAUGAGUACUCUCCACAUAUCUAGGCUUCUUGGUUGGAACAAAAGUCUUGUUAUUCAUCAUCAGUCAUCAUUGUUAUUAGAUCUUCUAUUUACCACCAAGAUUAUUUAUGCUCAAAAUAUCAACCACAAUCACCUAGGUCCCAACAAGGUGCACAAAUCUCGAACCCUUGAGAAGUGUGUACCAAGAGCAAUGGAAUAGGACAUGAUAUCCAAUGAACCCCUGACAUCAAUAUCAAAAAUCGUCUGAACAUCUAUGAAGGUCCGUGUGUCGUGUCGUGUUCAUUUCAGAAGCAAUUAUUCGAAUCCCACAAUCAUAAACAUCUUUGGUUCUAAUCCCAUAUCGUCAUUCUAGAGUCCCCCCACCCCCUAACCCGGUCUCUCCCUUGGAGAACCUUGAAACUUCUCAUUGUAACAAACUCUGAUUUUUUUCUUACACACAAUGAAGGUGCUAUUACUAUUAUUGUACUCUACAGUACUUCCCCCAAUAUAUUCCUAGUAAUUAUUUCGGAGAUGCAAAAAGAUAAACAAGAAAUAAAUCUCUAAUAAACAAUUAAUAAAA